GUGGUCACCUGGGAUGCGCACGACAAGGUGCGCGGUAGUGAAACUCCGCUUGCUUUCACUUCCUCAUAGCGAGGUCACGUCUAAUAAACACAUCUCUUUGAUAAUCACUGCAUUUCUCCUGCAGGCGGUGUUCACACCCAAGAGUGACUGAAACUACAGACCGGAGGAGAGCUGGCUGUAAGCUACUAAAAGUCAUUCUUCCAUCAUUAGUCCACUCAGCAGUUUCCUGCCUGGUUCCAUCAUGUGUGAUCUCAGACAAGACGGCAAUUUGGAGGCAGACCACAUGGCUGACUUUUCCCUGAUGAACAGCCGCCUGGACUCAUUCCGUGGCUCCAGCCUGGCCCAGCAGGUACCAGCGGACAGAUUGGCCCGGGCCGGCUUCUACUUCACUGGCCACGCCGAUCGUGUCCGUUGUUUCAGCUGCCAGAAGACUGUGGAAAACUGGUGCAAGGGAGACACACCUGUAGAGAGGCAUAAAGAGGUUUCCCCAUCAUGCCGGUUUCUCAGCUGCACCCACCGCACCAAUUUUAACCCGAGUUGUGAUACCAGACUGACCAACGGUUCCACCUACAACGAAGAAGCAGAAGACAUGGAAUAUCGUUUGAGAACGGGAGAGGUGGUUGAUGAGUCCACCUACCCGAUGGUCCCACACAUGAGGAGUGAGGAGGCCCGGCUUCAGACCCUCUCUUCUUGGCCCCCUACUGCUCCCGUGAGACCCCGAGACCUGGCCCAAGCCGGCCUCUACUACGUGGGGGAGAGCGACCGGGUGCAGUGUUUCUGCUGUGGUGGCAUAUUGGGUGGCUGGGAAGCAGGGGACACCGCCUGGGGAGAACAUGCCAAACAUUACCCCUACUGCUUCUUCAUCCUGGGGCACGAUGUGGGCAACAUCCCAUACCAGGGGGAUAUGGAGGAGGAGGAGAGCGGCAGCAGACAACAUGCAAACACUCGUGUCCCCAUGGGGAGUUUGGAGGAGAGGCUUGGAAGCUUUUCAGGCAUCCUGCACCCUAUUAACCGCGAGAAGCUCGCCAGAGCUGGCUUCUACUGCGCAGGGACUGGAGGGGACAAGGUGUUGUGUUUCCGCUGUGGUGGAGGUUUGAAAGGCUGGCAGCCUGAGGAAGACCCCUGGGAAGAACAUGCCAAACACUACCCUGGAUGCAGCUUCCUGUUAGCAGAAAAAGGACAAGAAUUUGUCAACAGCAUCCAGCUACAAGACCCACGACGAAAUGGAGCUACUUCAAGUCAUCAGAAUGGAUUUUCCGGACAUGGGAAUGAGGUGCUGCAGUCUGCCAUGGCUCAGAAGGCCAUAGGGAUGGGUCUAGAGCCCAGUGUGGUGGAAAAGACCAUCUUGGAGAAAAUCAGUAGGACAGGCUCAGCCUACUCCACCCUGGAGGCACUUAUGGAGGAUUGUCUCAACAACACACCAGACAGUGAUGCUGCCAAGACACAGGAGCAAGAUGAGGACCCACUGGAGAAACUACGGAAGCUGCAGAGGGAGAGACAGUGCAAAAUAUGUAUGGACAGAGAUAUUUGCAUUGUCUUCAUUCCAUGUGCUCAUCUGGUCUCUUGUAAGGAGUGUUCAGAGUCGCUCACCAAGUGUCCGAUCUGCUGUGGAGCCAUAACACAGAAGAUCAAGACCUAUAUCGCCUAAGGGAAUCACGGACUCUUGCCAAACUUCAAUGCUGCUUUCUCACUAUCGUUAUAAUAUUGUAUUUUAAUAUUAAAUGUAGAUAGCCUGUGAUAUAUUUAAGGACCAUGUUGUUUGUAUGAUUAUGAGGAUGAAAGAAUGUGUACACGUCACAAGGAAACAAUGUUUUCACAAUCGCUGAGAUGGUACAUAGCUGUUAAUAUCCAGAUGGGAUGAUAUUAUAAAUAGCUGAUGUUGAUUUUAUAGGUCUUUUAAUGAGUACAAAAACUUGUAAAUACACACUAAAGGAUAAUUUUGCCAGAGGUGCCUUUCUCUAGGUUUAUGUACUUGUGUCUCGUUUUGUUAUUUUUAAUUUGGAAAUUUUUGACGGGGCAAUUGAACUGGACAUGAGAUGUGAUGUCAGUUGCUUUCAUACACUUAUGUAUCCCGCUCAUCUGUUUUGUCUGGUGUACUUAUGGACUCAAUUUUCUCAAUGUGUGCUGCUCAUGUAUUGAAACUUAUAGAGGUAGAUCAGUAAAUCCUGGAAGACUUUGCUUUAUAACUGACAAAAAUCAACUCUAAUUUAGGGCCUGCAAUUAAUCAGUGUGGUGUGAAAUUAUUUUACCAUUCCAUCAUGCAAUCUGUUGUGUCAUCAAGAGUGAAUAAAUUUGAAUGUUUGGACUUAAA